UUCGUCCAACAGUCUCUAACAGACAAGAGUGAGAACGGUUCAUGUGAGAGUUUCAUCAUCCUUUACUUUACAUAAACCCAUCUUUCUCGUAUCAGUAAAACCAGUUCGUUCUAAUUAAUCGGUCCAUCUUAACUACAAAAUACAAAUAUAAACAUGCAUACGUAGAUAAUCAUUAAACAGUCUUCCAACACAUAAUACGUUUUGAUAGAAACUCGUUUACUUAUAUACUAUAUAUGUGUGAUCAUAGAAGAGAAUUAGUGUAGGAUACAUCGGAAUAUAUAUAUAUAUAUAUAUAUAUAUAUAUAUAUAUAUAUAUAUAUGCUAUCGGUAAAUCAGUAAAACCGUAAAACUACGAAAAGGGAAGAGAAGACUUAUAAAUUUUGAAAGUUGAUCGAGAACAUCGUAACUGUAUAGAGAACAUCAACAACGAAUUUGGAGAAUGAUCGAUCGAUUUGUAAAACUCGUCGUUAGUAGGGAAGUUUGGAGGUUCAGGAAGGAAAGGAACAAGAAGACGAGAGUUUAGACGAAAUUGAAAAUUGAAGAAAAAAGAGAACGAAAUAUAUAAAUAUAAUAUAUAUAUUUCUUUUAUAUGCAAUUUUCAAGAAUUUGCAUGAAUACGAUAAAAGCGAUUGAAGUUACUCAUCGAGUUUUUGAGCAAUCGUAAUCGUAUCUUAAUCUUUGCGGUUUAACAUAUAAACCGAGGUCGGGGGCUGUUAAUUUCGUCUAUCGUUGCUUGAAAAGCUAACGAAGAAAGCUGAGUCUAUCAGUAACGGCGCUGACAGCAGGUAGAACGAAAGAACGGUCAGAAGGACAAGCAGAGACAACGUUUAUACCUCUACGAAGAUAGUGAGUAGAAAAAAGAGAAAAAAAAGAGAAAAAAAGAAAACGAAGGAAGAAACAGAAGAAGCAAAAGAAAAAGGCGUACCUUGGCAAAUUUUUUUUUCUCUUUACGUCUUUUUAAAACGGACAGGAAAAAGGAAAAAUAAUAUAUUUUAUUACGUGAUUUCGACUUUCCCUAACUAUUUGAACACUCUCUCUUAUAUGUCUCUAUCUUUUUUUGAGGAUCUUUUGAAAGAAGUUCAGAGAUAAAUAGGAAGAGAGAGAAAGAGAGAGAGAGAGAGAGAAAGAGAGAAAAAGAGGGAUAGAUAGAUAGAUAGAUAGAUAGAUAGAUAAAAAAAGAAAAAGGAAGUGCGAAGUAAGAAAUAAAUCGAGUAUCAAAAUGGCGAAGAUUCGUCUUGAUGUUGACUAUCACCCUUUCAAGAUCGUGAUCAAGGCUGUUCUCCUACUCUGGAUUGCUGGUAAAACAAAUAGCGAUUCACAACCAAACUUCUAUGAAAAAUAUGGCCUUGAUCGACCUUCAUAUCCUUCCUGGUACAAGGAAUCACCAUUUAUGUAUAACAUUGAACCAAAGGGUAAUACAGAGGACCAAAUAUUUUUCCCUUAUGAUAACGUGAAAUCUCAGAUACGAAAUCUCGGAGAUCCACACAUAUGCAAGAAUAAAACCUAUUGUGAGGAUACACCUUACUAUCCUAGCGAAUUGGUCAAAAAUAGAUUAGAAAAUAAUAAGAAUUUAAUGGAAUUCGCUGUUAAUGAUUUCAUACCGAAAGAGUUAGACUUAUCAGACAGAAUAGACGCGAGGGACGAAAUACCAAUGUGUGUAUCUAUUGAAAAAGUGAUUUAUCCUAAAACGGCGCAAACGGUGAACGGUGAGUGGCUAUUCAUAGCACAAAUGGGACAAAAUUUUGCACAGGGCGUACGCAUCGAAACUUGUCUAACAAACUCAGCACCGUGUCAAUUUGUUCAACAUAUAACGGGUUAUGUGUCAAGUUGUGAACAAAAAUAUAUUUAUCGUCAACUCCUCGCAGUCGAUAAACAAAAUUUAACAACGGAAUUAUUUCGUUUUCCUUCGAGCUGCUGUUGCACCGUCAAAUUCGUCUCAUCUUGAUCAUAUCUUUGAAGAAAUAUCUUCGCUUCUCUCCCUCUCUCUCUCUCUCUUUCUUUUUCUCUGUAUUUCUCUCUUUCAUUUAUUUUCUCUUCAAAAUCGCCAAAAAAUCGAUAGACAAGUAUAAAAAACACGAAAAGAGUAUUCAUUUUACUCCUUAUUUCUUGACAAAUAUUAAAUAUUGAUCCGAAUACUUUUCUUAGUUUUAAACAAUAUAUUAUAAAAUACUAUUAUAUAUAUAUAUAUAUAUAUAAAAUAUAUUUAUAUAAAAAUUAUAUACAUAUAUAUUUAUUAUUUAUUAUAAUAUAUAAUAUUUAUAAUAAAUAUAUAUAUAUAUUAUAUAUAUUUUAUACAUAUAUAUAUAUACAUAUUUAAUUACAGUACAUUUAAAUAAAUGCUGCUUAUGAAAAAAAUGAAAGAUGAAAAAUAUGCUUAAAGACAUUGUUAUGUGAUGAUUUCGUUUCAAGGACUAUACUUGUACAUUCGACAUAAAAGAAAAUAAAGCACAGAUUGUUUACGAAGAAGAACAAAUUAUGAAUCACCUGCAUAUCAUGCCAUGUGACUUCGUAUAAAGGAAGAAUUUUAAUCUAAAAUAAACAAAUACACACAAUAAUACACAUUCAUAAUAGUCUUUAAAUAUUUUUUUCUAUAAUGAACUUCUAUUUUUGUUAUGAACUAUUAUCUUUUUCUCUCUCUUUCUAUCUCUCUCUCUCUCUCUCUGUCUGUCUCUCUUUCUUUCAGUUAUAUAUACAUACAUAUAUACAUUUUGUAUAUCGAAAAAUUUUAUAAAACUGCUGAUGACUUUAUCCUACUCGAAAAUCGCUUGAACUCUUUCUCUCAUUUUUAUUUCGUUUAUUUCCAUCACUCAUUUCUUCUCCAUUUUUCCCCCUACUUUGUCUCCAUCGACGCGAAUAAAGCUGCACUUUCGUCGAAAUAUCCUUUUCAUUUUUCACCGUUCAAAUACUCUUUGAAAUACUCGUCGGUCCUGUCUUGUUUCUCUUUUUUUCCUCUCACUGAAAGUUUCUCUCCUCUAUGGGUAAGAAAAGAAAAAAGAAAAAUAAGAAGAAAAGGAAGAAAAAGAAAAAAAUGAAGAUUAAAAUGAGUUGAGCGACGUGCUUUUUACGAAAAAGUGAGAAUGAGAAAUAUACAGUAUGUAAAAGUAGUAUUCAAAUAGUACGAAAAAGAAAAUAAAUGCAAGAGUUUCUUCUAA